CGUGGGUCGGCCGUGUGCGCGAAGCACUGAGACGAGGACAAGGAGAAGCAUUGGGAGUUUGAGUUGGAAGUUCCUUUCGCCGACUUUCUGCGGAGAGAGCAAACAGCGGUUCGGGAGCAAUUAGACGAAGACAUGAAAUUCGUUUGAAGCCCGUUAGAUGAGUGGGGCGCGAUCUAUGUUUUCCGCGAUGCGGAUGUUGCCGGUGUCCGGCCGUUGUUCGACAUUCUAUCUUGACACAGUACGAAGAAUCCCUUCGCCAUGGACACGGAGCUCAAGCCCCAUGGUGAGCUACAGCACCGACGGAAGGUCCGAAAACACAAACAAGUCAGCUCCUGGCGGCCCCGGAACGAAAGCAACGGAAGCGCAGCUCGUAGACAUAAAAGAAAAAAUGGCGAAGAGUAUACCAAGAAUCUUCCUAGUAUCACAUAAUUUCUCGGAUUAUCAUCCCAAUAUGGUAUUCGAAGACAACAUAAGAAAAGUCACGACCAACGGGAUUUUCAAUUACUACUUACAAGUCUCGCAAGUUCGCUGGUAUUGUCUGUUACGCUACGCAUCGUCCUCGGUGGAUGUCCUCAAGAUAACCCAUGACACGCAGGAUUCUAAAGUGUGCAUCCGAUGGACUUUCAAGGGGUCCUACACACUGAAAUACUUACGGGGUGCCCUGCAUGCGUUUUUGACCAAAACCCAGGUCGAACCGUCUCGUGUCGUCGACGGCUUCUCGAUUAUGUACGUCGGGAGCGAUGGACUCGUAUGGAAACAUGUGAUAGAGAAAAUGAUCCCAGACACCGAUUCGAUGCUUCAAAAUGAUCCGACGAAGUCCCUGAUCCAUCCCAAGAUCGGGGACGCUUCUCUCGCAGCUGGACCUAAGUAGUGAAGGGAGCUCGGAUUUCGGGAUGAAUAUACGCAGUUGCUUGGGGGUUUCGUUGAGAGAUUCUUUGAUUGAAUGCGUAGGUUUGAAUAAACGAAGUUA